CACAUCGAGUUUUAUAGUCUGCUCAAGCGCAUAAGGAAACGGCACAUUUUAACAACGAAAAGCGAAAUGGAUUGAACAUGAUUGUACCGAACUGACCUGUUUAUAAGUUGGCAUUGUAAUCAAUUGUGAAAUGAAGUAAACAAAGAAACACUGUGAAAUUUUUUAUUGGGAAUAAUGUGUAAAAUUUCGGGCGUGGCUAACCAGAUAAACAUUACUCAUCGCCGGUAAAAUUGACAGUUGAAGAAAGAAGGAACUAGUAAUAUAGUCAUCGAGACGCCGUUUUUAGUGCGGGAACUUGUUAGUGUUUGAUAAACAUGAUAAUUUGAACGACAUCGUUCAGUGUUUUUUCGCAACAUGAGUGCCAAUAAUGUUAAUGCUCAAGUCCCUACCACUCAAGCAACUGCCACAAUCAAAUCUAGACCAAACAUAAUGCCCAGUAGUUACAUGUACACAUCUAGUAGUGCUCUUUUGAAUCGCAGUUCGGAAAAUAAACCGACUCCUCCGCCUACACUUCCUAAAUAUACUUCGAGUUUUAACGCGGGUAGUGGUUUAACAAGAGAUAGAGAUAAGGACAGUACUGGUGGUUCCUAUAGGCUCUCUAGUCUCGAUCGAGUCGCGAUGAGGCAAAAAUUUAUGGAUCAGCAGAAUACUAACACAACAACUACCACCACCACUGCAGCAACAAAUGGUUCACCUCAAACUAACGGAAGUGGUGAUAAUAUGGCAUCGGCUACCACAAUCCAAAGCAAACGUGAAAUGUUUUUCACUUCAUCAGAAAACAAUUCUCAUUCCAUUUCAAGCACUUUGACAAAAGAUUCAAACAGACUGAAUAAAACUCCUUCACUGGAAAAACCAGUGGACACAUCUUUAAAAACAAUUUCACCAGAUUCUAACAGAGAUGAUACAAGUAAAGAAUCCACACCUGAAAUUAUCAAAGAACGUCCAAAGCCAAAGGAACUUGAUGGUUAUGUAGGUUUUGCUAACCUUCCAAAUCAAGUUUAUCGGAAAGCAGUUAAAAAAGGAUUUGAAUUUACACUGAUGGUUGUUGGUGAAUCAGGUCUUGGCAAGUCAACAUUAAUUAAUUCCAUAUUUUUAACUGAUAUAUAUAAUUCAGUUGAUUAUCCCGGUCCGACACAAAGACUUAAAAAAACAGUGGCAGUGGAAACAACAAAAGUGUUACUAAAAGAAAAUGGUGUGAAUCUUUUACUAACAGUAGUGGAUACUCCAGGAUUUGGUGAUGCUGUAGAUAAUAGUAAUUGUUGGACGCCAAUAAUUGAAUUUAUAGAAAGUAAAUAUGAAGACUAUUUGAAUUCCGAAGCAAGAGUUACCAGAAAAUCCAUGCCUGACCAAAGGGUUCAUUGCUGUUUAUACUUUAUUCAACCUUCAGGACAUGGCCUAAAAUCUCUAGAUAUAGAAUUCAUGAAAAGACUGUGUGACAAAGUCAACAUAAUUCCAGUUAUAGCCAAAGCUGAUACAUUAACAGCUGAUGAGUGUGCACUAUUUAAAAAGCAAAUUUUAAAUGAAAUUGCUCAGAAUAAAAUUAAGAUAUACGAAUUUCCAGAUACAUCCGAGGAAGAUGAAGAACAUAAGUUGAAUAAAUCUUUAAAGGAUAGAGUGCCAUUUGCUGUAGUAGGAGCGAACACUGUAAUAGAAGUAGAUGGUAAAAAAAUUAGAGGUCGCAAAUAUCCUUGGGGUGUCGCUGAAGUUGAAAAUCUAGAACAUUGUGAUUUCAUAGCCUUGAGAAAUAUGGUUAUUCGCACACAUCUACAGGAUUUAAAAGAUGUAACUAAUAAUGUUCAUUAUGAAAACUAUAGGUGUUGUAAAUUAGCAGGCUUAGGUGUAGAUGGUAAACCUUCCAGAAUAUCCAACAAAAAUCCAUUGGCACAGAUGGAUGAAGAAAAACGUGAACAUGAUUUGAAAAUGAAGAAAAUGGAGGCUGAAAUGGAACAGGUCUUUGAAAUGAAAGUGAGAGAAAAGAAACAAAAACUAAAAGAUAGUGAAACUGAAUUGACAAGACGACAUGAAGCCACUAAGAAAACUCUGGAAAUGCAAGCUAAAGAACUUGAAGAAAAACGCAGACAGUUCGAAGCUGAAAAAGAAGCAUGGGAAAAAGAGAAUCAAGUUACCAUCGAAGAUUUGAGAAGAAGAUCAUUGGAAGGAAGCAGAGAAACUGUUGAUGGGAAAAAAGAAAAGAAAAAGAAGGGACUUUUUUAACAGUGGACAACAACCUCUGGUGAAGUGUAAAUAUGUUUUAAUAAUCAUAUAAGUAAUCGCUUGGCAAAUCUGGCUUGACGUCUCUAGUGGUUAGCUGAGAAGACAAGACUUUAAAAUAAUAUAUUUCUAGAUAAAUAUAUCUUGCUGUUAAAUAUAGUUUGUGAAAGAAUAUAUAUUCUCCUUCCAAAACCAGUAAAUGUGUUUUAUCAAUUCGUAAGUACUUUUCAUAUAUUUUUAUUCCAGUUGCAACAGUAAUUUAAGAAAAUGAAGAAUAUAAACUUUUAUUUAUUUAAAUAUUUUGUUUUAUACAUUAUGUGGUCAAUAAACCCUAUAAACGAGUGUCAUUAGAUUUAUUUUUUGUAAACAUAUUACUAAUUUAGAUUAAAAAUCCAUUUAAAUAUAUUGACAAAAAUAAACAAUUUCAUAUCAGUUUUAUGAACAUAUAUUUUAAGAAAUUCCUACAUUCAAUUGAAUACAAAUACAAAGUUAUGAAGAGUUUGAUAAUGAAUGUCUAUCCUAUAUUAAUAAACUGAUUUUAUUGUUUAGAUUUCAGCUUAUGCUAUUGAAAUAAAUUCAAGGUUAUGAUCAGUAAAAGGUUAUAAAUGAAUCUUGAAUACUAAGUAUUUAGUAAACAAUUUCUAACGUUUUUCUGCUAUUAAAUUAAUGUGUUAAAUUAGAGAGUAAUGAUUUAUUUAUGAGAUGUAUAAAAUAUAUUUAAAAACUAUUUCUUUUGUGAUUUUAUAAAAAUAUUGUUUGUAUUUUUGAAACAUGAGAAAACUUCAAAUUUUAAAAACUGUCAAAAUCAACAGGGAUUUCUGAAACAAUCGUUUACCUCAAUUAAUCAAUUCCUGUUAUUAUAGAGUAGCUAAAAAUUGAAGUUUUAUAAAAGUCCAAUAAAAUUUUUCUAUAGAAUUCCAA